GGCGGAUCGUAAGCCAAAGCGUCGGAGAAAACAAAAUCCCGAAAUAACAAAAAGGUACACAACACGCGUGAAGUGGUAGAGGUAUGCCAACCAGCCCGGGCCAUGUAACCCGGGGAGGGGCUAGGCUGGUUCUCCUCGGCAACUCUCGGCUUCUCUCCUCGAAACACUAGGUCGGUGGACAAGAGGAGGUGGUAAUGGAAUGGAGGAAUGGGGAAAGGCACAAGACCGAGGCAAACGGCACGCUAGAAACGAAUGAGGUCUCGUUGGCACGCCGAAGGAGCCCCAUGAAAGUCUUCGAUAAACCUGAAAACUCCUGACUGGCCAAUCGCACCAGUAAAUUCCAGGUAACUUAUCAGUUUAUCUUGGAUACCACCGCAUCAUCCACUGGUGGACAACUUGAAUUCAUCAAUUGUGGGGGGGAUGGGGGGGAGGAGGAGGAGGGUUUGUGUAGUGUUGAUUGAACUGUCAUUGAAUGAAGUACGAUGUGAAUAUUGUAAUCGAUGAUUGUGUGAUAUGUGCCCAGUGCAAAUGUCCUCACACUGACCACCACUGAAUUUAAUCCUGAAUAAGAGGGAAUAAUGGCUGCUGGCUGGGAUCGGACAGGUCUAUCGAGUGUACAGGUGUCCGUCAGUGGCGAGGGUAGCAAUCUGUGCUCAAGCUGGAGUUUAUCGUGAUAAUAAAGUUUGUUAAUCUCAUCGUCUUCCCCGGUUGAUUGAAUUCAACUCAUCUGAUUUAUCAUCUGUUCGUCUAUUCGGCUGUGGGGGAGGGGAGUGAGACGAAUCGCCAGGAUAAAGUGAUAAAAAAUGAUUGGACUCGGAAGGACUAAAGGCUCACUGGUGAUUUAUCAGCGUCAGGUUGUCGUUCUCUUCAUUGUUCUUCUGGCUGAGGUGACGUACUCGGCUGACCUUGCCAUAGAGAUACCGGGGAACCUCUCCCAAGGUGGAUCCUGGUACAGGCUGGACUACAGCCCACCCAUUGGCUAUCCAAGACCAAAUACGACAGUCGCUGCUACUGAUAUCGGUGAUGUUAUCAAAUUUAGAGAUGGACUUCCAGGUACGAAAUACGAAUUCUGGUUGUACUACAGCAAUGGUACCCUCCACGAUUGGCUUACUUGGACAGCGUCCAUUACAACAGCUCCAGAUCCGCCAUCGAAUCUCACCGUCUCAGUUCGGAAUGGCAAGACAGCGAUAGUCUACUGGUCGCCUCCAACCCAGGGCAACUACUCGGGUUUUCGUUUGCGUGUGCAAAGUUUUUCAGACGCAGGACCUCCAAAAACGAGCCUGAUCCCGUCUGACGCUGUUCCCUACACCCUCCGGGACUUGACCCCGGGUGCGACAUACUCCCUCCAGCUAUUCACAGUAUUAGAAACAAAAGAAUCAGUGGCCUACACGAGCCGCAACUUCACGACAAAGCCCAACACACCGGGUAAAUUCAUCGUCUGGUUUCGAAAUGAAACGACUUUAUUGGUCCUGUGGCAACCGCCGUAUCCGGCUGGCAUCUACACCCACUACAAAGUGAGUAUCGAUCCUCCGGAUGCCAUUGAAUCGGUAUUUUACGUUGAGAAAGAGGGCGAGCCACCGGGCCCGGCGCAAGCAGCCUUCAAGGACCUUGUGCCAGGUCGUGCCUACAACAUUUCCGUUCAAACAGUAUCUGAGGACGAGACAUCCGCCCCAACGACCGCUCAAUACCGAACAGUACCCCUCAGACCGUUGAACGUAACAUUUGACAAGUCCUCAGUGACAUCGACGAGCUUCCGCGUCUUCUGGAACGCCCCCAACGGCACCUCAGAAUUCGAUAAAUAUCAGAUAUCGUUGGGUGGCAACAGACGCCUCACACCAGUGACGAUAAAUCGCGAUGACGAGAGCCUCUGGGAGUUCAAGGAACUCGAGCCAGGGAAGACCUACCAAGUGGUGGUGAAGACAGUAUCGGGUAAAGUCACCAGCUGGCCGGCCAGUGGGGACAUAACCCUUCGUCCUCUGCCUGUUCGCGAUCUUCGUGCUGAGAUUGACGAGAAAACGGGAAUGCUGGAGGUCUCCUGGAGGCCCGACAACUCCAGCACUCAGGACAGCUACAAACUUCAGUAUCAUGAGGUCGAGACAACGUCCAUCACCGGCGACAGCAAUUCCUUGGCCACUGACAAGACAAAAAUCGCUCUGGAAGCACUUCUACCUGGACGAAACUACACGAUAAUCGUUCAAGCCAUCAGCAAUAAGAUCGAGUCCAACGAGACAGUUUUGCAUCAGGUUACCAGGCCCUCCAGUCCCAUCAUCGAGGAUCUCAAGUCCAUUGAGAAGGGGCUGAAUAUUUCCUGGAAGAGCGAUGUCAAUUCACGACAGGAGAAAUUCGAAGUCACUCACACGAGGAAUGACACCGGUGAGAGUGCCACCACCCUCACGACCGAGUCACAUAUUAUUUUGGAGGACCUCUAUCCCGGGGCUGGGUACGAGGUGAAGGUCUUCGCUAUCAGCCACGGAUUGAAGAGCGAACCUCACGACUAUUUUCAAGCGGUUCUGCCUCAUCCACCGCAGCAUCUGAGGAUUGAAAAGGUGACGAACAACGCGGUUCUCGUUCACUGGGCCGCUCCCAUCAACUCUCUGUUCACUGAGUACGCUAUCAGGUACAGAACUGAUGACGAUCCCAGGUGGGUCAAGCUUCCGAGUGUCAGGGAGAUGGAGGCGGAGGUGGCUGACAUGACGCCUGGAGAGAAAUACACCAUUCAGGUGAACACUGUCAGCUUCGGUGUUGAAUCGCUGUUCCCACUGCAAGUCAAUCACACGGUCAGGCCCAAUGCGGUUGUCAAUGUCGCACCUGUUGUCGAUUCCACCAAUAUUACCCUGGAGUUCGUGAGGCCGGAGGGCCGCAUCGAGACGUACGUCAUCAGGUGGUGGAUCACCGAGAAUCCGAACGAGUUCAGGACUAAGAAUGUCACCGCUGGCAGUGACAUUUCCGAACUGGCCUUCGAGGAGGCCUCUGGGGGUGCUGGACAUUACACUGAGAGGAUUCUUGUGGAUGAUCUUUUCUCCGGGGUCGAGUACUCGUUCUCCAUUUUCACGGUGUCUUAUCAUCUUGUGGGGGAUGUCACCAACUUCACGACCCAUACAAUGCCGCUGAUUCAAUCGGAAGUCGUAGUUGUCAUCGACCGCGAUCUCCCCGACUCUCUGACACUCCGUUACACACCAACACCAGUGAAGUCAUCGAGAUUCGAUUUGUACAGAUUUCGAAUAAGCGACGACAACAGUACGACAAAGGAGAAACACGUCGAUGACACCGACACGAAGGUGACUUUUGGGGGUUUGACACCGGGGAAAUUGUACAACGUGACAGUCUGGACUGUCAGCGAGGGUGUGGAGAGUAGACCGAUCUUGAGACAGGACAGGCUCUAUCCGGAGCCAAUAACGGCCAUUCAUGCUAUUGAUAUUAAUGAUACGAGAAUAUCGCUGACCUGGGACGUGCCCCAAGGCGAGUACGAUGCCUUUGAGGUUCAGUACUUGAAUAGUGAUGACAAUUACAUUCAGAAUAUCACGUCACACAAUGCCAUCACUAUUUCAAGCCUCAAGCCACAUAGGAAUUACACUUUUACGCUUGUCGUGAGGUCUGGCUCGGAGUCCAAUUAUUUGAGAAGAUCUAAUCCACUCAGCGCUAGCUUUACGACCAGUGAGUCCUAUCCUGGGAGAGUCGAGAAGUUUCAUCCUACUGAUAUUCAGCCGGGGGAGAUAAGUUUUGAGUGGUUCCUACCUGAUGGAGAGUCCAAUGGGAUCAUCAAGAAGUUUACGAUCACUUAUGGACUUGAGGGCUCAUCCCACACUCAAAUGCGAGACUUCAAGCCGUCAGAGUUCCGCGGCAUGAUAAAGGGCCUGACUCCAGGAAAAAUCUACGUCUUCCGUAUCCAAGCCGAAACGAAAAUCGGAUUUGGACCGGAGACAUCGUGGAAACAAAAAAUGCCCAUUCUGGCCCCGCCAAAACCACCGACUCAAGUUGUUCCUAAUGAGGUCUGUCGGAGCAGUACAACGAUACAAAUAAGAUUCCGUAAAAAUUAUUUUAGCGAGCAACACGGCGCUGUGAUCUCAUACACGAUUAUCGUCGCUGAGGACGACAGUAAAAAUGCCUCGGGAUUGGAGAUGCCCAGCUGGAGGGAUGUCCAAGCUUACAGCAGUUGGCCGCCUUAUCAGGUGAUGGAGCCCUACAAUCCCUUCAAGAACGGCUCAGUGGAGGACUUCACCAUCGGCACAGAGAACUGUGAGAACAAGAUAGGCUACUGCAAUGGUCCCCUGAAAGCCGGUUCCACUUACAGAGUAAAAGUUCGAGCCUUCACAGCCCCAGAUAAAUUCACAGACACGAGCUACAGCUUUCCCAUUCAAACAGGAUUGCUGCUGGCAGACAAGGAUAACACAACGAUAAUUGUGGGAGUAACAGUUCCAAUAGUUCUCCUGCUGACGAUGUUGGGUAUCGGGCUGUUGGUGAGACGGCAUCGCAAUCAACGAAGGAAAAUCACCGAGCCAAGGGCAACAGAUAAUCUCUCAUUACCGGACAGCGUUAUUGAGACGAGUCGACCAAUUCGAGUGGAAAAUUUUGCCGAGCACUACAGGAUAAUGUCCGCUGAUUCGGACUUUAGAUUUUCCGAGGAAUUUGAGGAAUUGAAACACGUGGGGAGGGAUCAGCCCUGCACAGCUGCUGAUCUGCCCUGUAAUAGGCCGAAAAAUCGAUUUACUAAUAUUUUACCGUACGAUCACAGCAGAUUUAAGCUGCAGCCGGUCGAUGAUGAGGAGGGAUCUGAUUAUAUAAACGCUAAUUACGUUCCGGGCCACAAUUCUCCUCGAGAGUUCAUAGUGACCCAGGGUCCCCUGCAUUCGACGAGGGACGACUUCUGGCGAAUGGUGUCCGAGAGCAACAGUCGUGCAAUAGUAAUGCUGACCCGUUGCAUCGAAAAGGGCCGCGAGAAGUGCGAUCACUACUGGCCAAUGGACACCCUUCCAGUCUAUUACGGUGACAUAUGUGUGACAGUCCUUAAUGAGACACGCUACCCCGACUGGAGUAUCACUGAGUUCAUGCUCUGUCGGGGUGAUACCAAGAGGGUCAUCCAGCACUUCCACUUCACAACUUGGCCGGACUUCGGGGUGCCGAGUCCGCCACAGACUCUUGCGAGGUUUGUGAGGGCCUUUAGGGAACGAGUGAGGCCUGAUCAGAGGCCCAUCGUUGUCCACUGCAGUGCUGGGGUGGGGAGAAGUGGUACUUUUAUCACACUCGAUAGAAUACUCCAACAAAUUCAGGUGUCAGAUUAUGUGGAUAUCUUUGGAAUUGUGUGGGCCAUGAGGAAGGAGAGGGUGUGGAUGGUACAGACUGAGCAGCAGUACACCUGCAUUCAUCAGUGUCUGCUGGCGGUGCUGGAGGGACAGGACACACUCACAGGACCACCCAGGGAGAUUCACGAUAAUCAAGGAUUCGAAGGAAAGAACCAAACAUCCGUCGAGAAUGCCAUGAGCCCAGUAGCUGACGAAAAGGAGAGAUGACCUUCGGAUUCGGGGAACGAGGACGAGGAUGACGAGGGUAUCGCCGAAUCCGGGAUGUAACCAGAAAUAUUACAGCCCUCAAAUUAUGAUUUAAUUGACCCCAAUGGAAGGAAAUGAUCUGACAUUUAAUUGAUCUGUGAAGUUCAGUGCUCAAUUUUUAAUGAUUUUCUCCCGCGCGACCUGAAUUUUAAUUUGGAUCGUGUCCCAAGAGAGUGGCAAGUAUCCGUCCGACAUAUUAAUCAAAUAUUUUUCGAAUUUUAUGUUGUUGUCAUUUAGAAUCUCAAUCGAUAUAAUUUUUUCCCUGCGAUUCACACGUGGUUUUGCAACUAGGUACUUAAUUAUUUAGAGAAACGAAGACAGAUCACGGGUGGCUAAUGCACAUUUUUUAUAGAUUUUGAAAGAUGCACCUGAGAGAAUGAAAAUAUAAUUAAGGGGGAGAAUGAUCCCCUCAGGUGCCAAUUGAUCUCUCUACCUCUUAUGAUUGUUUUUGUCUCUCUGUUUUUAAAAAAAAUUUUAUAUCAUGAACGAUUAUAUCCGAAUGGACCAUGGUAUGUACAUAUCUUCCCAUACAUAUUGCAAAAAAAAUGUUUAAGCCUCGAGGAAUAUUGUAUUUUAGCAGAAUAUUAAUUAUUGUUUUUGUUACCUUAUUUUAUUGAUAUUUUUAUCAACGAUGAUGCUAUUGUAAUAAUAACAAUUCAAUAUCAAAAGA